CAAGCGGUCCAGCAUGUUGUUGAUAUCUGUGGGAUGUCUUCUGGUGGCCGGUGCCUUAGCCGGCACGGCGCAUCGGGUGGAUGACCAGCUAAUUGACGUGCAAGACCGCCACCAAGAAGGCGAAAAGCUUCGCCCAGAAGCUCGGAAGCUUCACCAAGCUCAGGAGCUGAUCCUGGGAGAAGGGAAGCUAAGUCCAAGGGCUAAAGAGCUGCAACAAGUUCAGGAGCUGCACAUGGAAACUUCGAUGCAGGAGCCAAGGAACGACACCGGCCCAACCCCACUCCCAGCUCGAGACGAACGGAUUUUGUACGUUCUGGCACCAGGUCUGUAUUACAUCACCUCGCCGCGUUACCCUUACCUGUACCCCAACUUCGUCGACAAACGAUGGCAUCUCUUCGGAGCUCAAGGCCAGACCAUCACCAUCGGCUGCAACGACUUUGACGUCGAGUACCACCACUACUGCCGCUACGACUUCCUGCGCAUCAACGGGGUGAAGUACUGCGGCAGCGACGUGGUGGAGGAUGUCACCAGUCCGGAGCUGAGGAUCCGGUUUUCCACCGAUUACAGCGUACGUAGGCGAGGGUUCUACUGUCUGAUUACCGUGCCGUCAGUCGGUGGGACCACGGGAACCACCGCUGGCACCACUGAAACUACGACUGACACCACUACCGACACCACUACCGACACCACCACAGACACCACCACUGACACCACUACCGACACCACUACCGACACCACCACUGACACCACUGCCAGCACCACAGACUCGCCCGCUGGUGACGAGUGCUGCGGUAUAGCCAACAGCAACGGAGUUAGGAUCGUAGGGGGCGCAGAAACUGAGGUCAACGAAUUUCCCUGGCAGGCGGCGCUGGUGUCCUUCGGCGGAAACAUGCCCUUUUGCGGAGGAACCAUCAUCAAUACACAGUGGAUUCUCUCCGCGGCUCACUGCACGGCCGGAGAGACCACAGCCUCAAUUCAGGUGCUGCUAAGGAAGCAUCAAACCAACAUCGAUGUUGAUCAACUCCGCAUCAACGUGGUACAGAUCAUACAACAUCCAUCCUACGACGCUGCGACGUACAGCUUCGACUUCUCCCUUCUUCGACUCCUCAUCCCCCUCGACUUCAGCACGUUGGAGAACAGGGUCGCGCCUGCUUGUCUACCUGCCGGAGGUGACUUCGUAGACGUGUCAGCUUUGACGAGCGGAUGGGGAACAACCUCGUCCGGAGGCUCGGAGCCUAACGCUCUUAACGCUGUCACAGUCGAUACCAUGUCCAACGCUGAAUGCACCGCUGAUCUGGGAGAAGGUCUGGUGGAUGACUCGAUGAUCUGUGCGGAUGUGGAUGAGGGUGGUAGGGAUGCCUGCCAGGGUGACAGCGGCGGCCCGCUGGUGACCGAGGUGGGUGGGAGAUAUACGCUGAUCGGUGUGGUGUCGUGGGGUUUCGGCUGCGCUGAUCAGGGUCAGCCGGGCGUCUACGGACGGGUCGCUGCUGUGUCUGAUUGGAUAUCAGAGAAUACGGCUGGAACCAGCCUCUGCUAAGGCAUGGACUGCUAGUCCUAACCACAGCGAGCUCAUCUCUGCUGAGUCCUGACCAAACCAUUAACCAGCUGAGUCCUGACCAAGGCUGAUGCUAAUGUCUGCUGAUAACUGGCAACAGCUAUCUGAUUUCUGACCCAGACUGAACUUAAGACCUGGAGAUACGGAAUGCUACCUUGUCGGUGGUGGUGAUCCUGCAUUUUGACCGCGACCUCCAAUGCUCUAAAGGUGGUAGGUAUAUGCUGUGUUUUCUACACUGUCCGAUGAAUUCUAAUGUAACUUUCUAUCGGUGUUUUGACAAGCAACGCCAGUUUUGUUGGUUUAACUUAACCUCUGGUGUCUUAUCUAUCAUGUAUCGGCGGUGAAAAUAAAUGUUAUUUCUCUGC